AUGCAGACCGAAAUAUGCAGCGCUGUCACUAGCAAGGAUGGAGAAAAGUACGUGGCGCAGCGGUUGCCGUUUGAUGCGUACGACAACGUCACGUUCAACCCCAACCACAUAUCCCCCGGCACCGACUUCAUGCAGAUCGUCGACAGCGAAGUUGCCAACUGGCUCGCUCUCAAAACCGUCGAGGGGAUGUUCGGCAAGUGCCUAGUAGUGUACAGCGGCGUAUCAGUGCCGGGAGAAGGGGAGCACAAGAUUUUUCAGUGCAUACGCAAGAUGAACAAGGCUAGCAGGCAUGCGCGCAAGGAGACGCACCUGGUCUACGGUCUCGACGCCGACCUCAUGAUGCUUUCAAUGGCACUAAAAAUUCCCAAUAUCAAGGUGCUCAGGGAGGAAAGCAAGUACGCGCCACAUGUCGUUGCGAAGAAAAAAGGAGAACCCUUCUUCGCCACUGACACGGGCAUCGUGCACCUCCACAAGUGGGACUUCAUAGACCUCAAGCAGACCAACUUCGAGGUCGUGUCCAUCAGGACUCUCAGGAAGCGGAUGUAUGAGCGUUGUCUGAGGCACCUCAUAAAGAAGUUCCGAGCUUCAAACUUUGCCUUCCUCAACCGGCCCGAAGCGCCGUACCGCAUCACGGACGACUUCGUGCUGCUAUCCUUCCUAGCAGGCAACGAUUUCCUGCCGAGACUGCCGACGGUCGACUUCGCGAACGACAGCUUUUCCGAGAUGAUCGAGACGUACUACUCCCUGCUGCAGCGCUGGAAGGGCUUCCUCACCGACGGGCUUAAAAUACACGUGCCAAGGCUGCAGUCGCUCUUCAAAGCGCUAUCGAAGAACGAGCUGCGCUGGUUCAGGGAGAAGGCGGUCAUCGAGGAGGUGGAGCAAUACAGCAACGCCAAACUGUACGCCGACUACUACCACCGGGAAAAGUGCCAGGUGGACGGAAAGGCGGAAAUAAGGCGCAUUGAUAUUCACCGCCUUUUAGGGAUUAUUUUGGAUCCUGAGCUACUAUCACCACGACUGCCCGAGCUGGGACUGGUGAGUGGCCCACUCUCGAUAGACGUGCAAACCUUUUGCAGGAGCUACAGAUACCAUUACGCCCCGCUGGUAUCAGAUCUCGCUGAGGUGACGACGGUAGACGUCACGUUCAACAAAGGAGGGCCCAUCACGCCACUCGAGCACCUCCUUGCGAUAUCGCCGCCCAACGAAAACGAAUUACUCCCACCAUCCUACAGAAAACUCGCCAAAGAGGAUGGUGAGCUGCGCCAAUACUUUCCAACGGAGUUCGACAUCAACGAGGACGGCAGGACGAACGAGUGGGAGCAUGUGGUCAAGCUACCUUUCGUCAACACGCACAAGCUGGUCAAGGCCGCGCAAAAGGUCAACCCCGGGCUUAAGUACAGCUCACUAUACAAGAACAAAAAAGGCCACAUCUACGUAUACCAGCAGCCGAGGGAACCCGACACCCCUAACGCCGAUGAGGCUAACCCGGGGAAAACAGAAAAAUGA